UGACAUUAUAUCCCACAACUUUAUAAAAUUAGCACAUUAAUUCAUCUUAAUAUAUUCUCUCUUUGAAAAGGCAAGUUAACAUUAUGGGUGUCUUUACCUUUGUAGAUGAUGUUACAAGCACAGUGUCCCCUACUAGGUUGUUCAAAGCUUUGGUUGUUGAUGGUGACAAACUUAUCCCUAAGUUGUUGCCACAUAUUAAGAAAAUUGAGCCUGAGGGAGAUGGAAGCAUCAAGAAAAUGAACUUUGUUGAAGGUGGUCCAGUAAAGUACAUGAAGCACAAGAUUCAUGCGAUUGAUGACAAGAACUUAGAAACAAAAUAUUCACUAAUCGAAGGUGAUGUUCUUGGAGACAAAUUGGAAUCAGUUAACUAUAAUGUCAAAUUUGAACCUGCUGGAAAUGGAGGGUGUCUUUGCAGGACAAAAAUCGAGUACCACACAAAAGGUGAUUAUGUUUUUAAGGAAGAAGAACACAAUGAAGCCGAAAAACAAGCCAGGGCUUUUCAAGGCCGUCGAAGAUUACCUCCUCGCCAAUCCUUCUGUCUACGCUUAAGUGAUGAAAAAGAAUCAGACUCACACGUGUAUGUGAGUGCAUGCAUGGGUGGAUCAAAGGACUCUUCAUGAAGAGUUCUAAUUAAGGGGCUUGAGUUUAGUAGUUGUUAUAGGCUUCUUUUUUUUUUUUUGGGUUGUUGUUGUUGUUAAGUGUGUGUUCUUUCCAAUUACUAUCUAUGUCAUGGAAAGAACUAGAACUUUGAAUAAGAAUAUAGGCCAACUUCGAAUAAGAAUGUAGGCAAGCUUUACUUAUGAGUAAUGAAAAGCUUGUGUAUCAGAAA